AUGGAAGGGAAAAAUCAAACCAAUAUCUCUGAAUUUCUCCUCCUGGGCUUCUCAAGUUGGCAACAACAGCAGGUGCUACUCUUUGCACUUUUCCUGUGUCUCUAUUUAACAGGGCUGUUUGGAAACUUACUCAUCUUGCUGGCCAUUGGCUCGGAUCACUGCCUUCACACACUCAUGUAUUUCUUCCUUGCCAAUCUGUCCUUGGUAGACCUCUGCCUUCCCUCAGCCACAGUCCCCAAGAUGCUACUGAACAUCCAAACCCAAACCCAAACCAUCUCCUAUCCCGGCUGCCUGGCUCAGAUGUAUUUCUGUAUGAUUGCCAAUAUGGACAAUUUUCUUCUCACAGUGAUGGCAUAUGACCGUUACGUGGCCAUCUGUCACCCUUUACAUUACUCCACCAUUAUGGCCCUGCGCCUCUGUGCCUCUCUGGUAGCUGCACCUUGGGUCAUUGCCAUUUUGAACCCUCUCUUGCACACUCUUAUGAUGGCCCAUCUGCACUUCUGCUCUGAUAAUGUUAUCCACCAUUUCUUCUGUGAUAUCAACUCUCUCCUCCCUCUGUCCUGUUCCAACACCAGUCUUAAUCAGUUGAGUGUUCUGGCUACGGUGGGGCUGAUCUUUGUGGUACCUUCAGUGUGUAUCCUGGUAUCCUAUAUCCUCAUUGUUUCUGCUGUGAUGAAAGUCCCUUCUGCCCAAGGAAAACUCAAGGCUUUCUCUAUCUGUGGAUCUCACCUUGCCUUGGUCAUUCUUUUCUAUGGAGCAAUCACAGGGGUCUAUAUGAGCCCCUUAUCCAAUCACUCUACUGAAAAAGACUCAGCCGCAUCAGUCAUUUUUAUGGUUGUAGCACCUGUGUUGAAUCCAUUCAUUUACAGUUUAAGAAACAAUAAACUGAAGGGGACUUUAAAAAAGACCCUAAGCCAAAGAAAAAUCUUCUCCCAGUGAUUUAUA